CAGGUGGGCUGCUGGUUGUAGGCCAGUAAGUGUCCUGCCCUUAACCACUAGGUUUGUCUGUGACCACAACACCACAUCUGACAUAUCGUAUUAAAGAUGGGGGAGAGGUUGCAAAGUCAAAAAAGCUAUGUUUGCUCCUUUUUUGAUUGUAAAGCUACAUUUAGUAAGUCGUGGAAGCUAGAGGCUCAUCUUUGCAAACACACAGGAUUGAAACCGUUCUCCUGUGAGAACUGUGACAAGAGCUUUUGCACUCGUUAUCAACUCACCAGACAUGAGCUCCAUCACAGUGGGGAAAAGCCACACCAGUGUCUGGUGGAUGGAUGCUCUGAGGCCUUUGUCACAAAUGCCAGCAUGAAGAACCACAUGGCUCGAGUUCACCAGCAACAGGAGAAGCAAUAUAAAUGUGACCAUCAGGGCUGUGGAAAGGAUUUUAAAAAGAGGAACCAACUGAAAGCCCAUAAGUAUGAGCACCAACAGAUUCUGCCAUUUCAUUGUACUUUCAAUGGCUGCACAAGAGAAUUUCCCUCUCAUGGUAAACUGAAGCAUCAUGAGAAAGUGCAUGAAGGUUACCCUUGUGAGAAUGAAACAUGCUCUUUUCAGGGAAAGACAUGGACAGAAUAUCUGAACCACAGAAAAGAUCACAAAGUCAAGGUGCCGUGCAAAGAGUGCAACAAGCAGUUUAACAACACCUGGUUCUUGCGCCAGCAUGAGCUGCGUGUCCACUCUGGGGAGAGAAGAAAGCUGUCAUGCCCCAGGGAAGGGUGUGAUAAAAAGUUCACUCGUCGCUUCAACUUGGAGAGUCACGUACUGGGAGACCAUGAGGGCAAGAAGCCCUUUAGCUGUGCAUAUCCUGGCUGUGGGAAGAGCUUUGCCAUGAAGGAAAACCUUUGGCGACACGGAGUGGUGCAUGACCCAGCAAAGAAAAAGCUGAAGAAAUUGCGUCCUAAAAAGAAUCAGCCCUGGCGUGUGGCACAGCAGGUCAGACUGGCAGCUGCAGCCAAUCAAGCGGAGACAAACAAGCUUGCUGCAAAGCUGCACAAUACAACUUUGAAGGAUAACAAAUCUUGAGGCUAUAUCCUAUUAAGUAUGCUUGGAUCUGUUAAUGGUGAUGCAAAUCACA